CAUUUAUUUCUCAGUGCGGUUUGGUUUGAUCUGUGAUUCUGCGCUAUUAGAUUUUUUAUUUCUUUUUUACAGGAGAUUUGGUUUUCUCCAACGGCUUCUCUAUGCGAGAUUUGAGUCUACUACUGCCAUUGUCUUCAUCUGUUUUGUUGUUUGAACCGUGCCGUCUCGUUUGUGUUGAUCUUAAUUUAUUAUCGUAGUAUUUAAAUUUUACGUUUUUCAAACAUGUCUUCGACUAGUGCUAAACGAAAAAACGCCGGCGACGGUGGUAAUGCUAAAAGAAAACAACGUAAAUCAAAACAGAAUGAAGACGAUAACGAUAGCGAGUUCGAGAGCGGAUCCGAAGCCAGCGCUGAAGAAUCAAAAAAUGAUUUCGGCGACUCAAAAGACGAUUUGGAUGCUUUACUAGCCGAAGACUCCGGCUUGCGAGUCCCUGGACCGACUCAUGUCGGCACACUGCUCAUUUGCGGUGCCACUAAUUGGGAUACUAUUGGUCGCAGACAACCAACUAAAGGAACCAAAACUCCGGUCGGACGUAAUCUAUACAUUCCUCAUCGUUUAGCACCACUCGAACAAACUCGUAUUCGAUAUGCAGUUAGUAAUUGCAACUCCGCGCAUACUAUUCUUAUUACAGAAGAAGGAAAAGUUUUAUCUUUCGGACGCAAUGAAAAAGGACAACUGGGUAUUAAAGACUGUCCUCGUAAAGAUAUCCCAACGCCGAUGGACAACGUACAAAAUUUCACCUUCGUCGGUGCCGCUGUCGGACGAAACCACACAAUUUUACUGACCGAUAGAGGACAAGUAUUCGCUUGCGGAGACAACAAAAUGGGACAAUGUGGAGUGAACUCGAUGAAUUUAGUAAUUCCAACUCCAACCAGAGUCAAAUACACCGGUCCUCCAAUAGUAAAAGUUGCAUGCGGUGCCGAAUUCAGUAUGAUUCUGGAUUGCAAAGGAGUAUUAUAUUCCUUCGGAUCACCAGAAUAUGGUCAAUUAGGACAUGGCUCAAACGGCGAAUACAUCGCGCAAGCUAAUAAAGUAUCGUACAAUACGGAAAAAGUUCCAAAAAGGAUAUCGUUGUAUAUAGAAAAAGGUCGCGAUAAUCGACAAAAUCCCGUUGAUUUUCCAGAGAUAAUAGACAUCUCAUGUGGCACAAAUCAUACGGUCGCUCUGGAUUCUCGUAAACGAGUUUUUUCUUGGGGUUUCGGCGGUUAUGGUCGAUUAGGACAUGCUGAUACGAAAGACGAAAUGAUGCCGAGAUUAUUACAGUUCUUCUGCACGACAGGACGUGGCGUCAAAUCCGUUCAUUGCGGUUCUUCGUAUAGUUUGGCGGUCAAUGAACACGGCAUGGUUUAUUUAUUCGGUUUAACGAAGAAAACCGGCGAAGCCAAUAUGUACCCGAAACCGGUCCGAGAUCUACAAGGUUGGAAAGUACGUAGUGUAGGGUGCUCUUACACCAGUAUCGUAGUUGCUGCCGAUGACAGCGUUAUCGCAUUCGGACCCAGUCCGACUUACGGAGAAUUAGGCUUGGGAGAAAUGAGGAAAAGUACAACUACUCCGCUCGAAGUGAAAAGACUCGAGGGUAUUUAUAUUGAGCACGUAUCUUGCGGUAUGAGUCACACUCUUAUGAUAGCCAGAGACGAAACUGACGAAGAAAAAGAGAGACUCGCUGCACUGCCAUCUUAUAAUCCUCAAGAAGCUAAAUAAACUCUUGAAGAAUUCUAAUAAUGGUUGAGAAUUUCAUCGGCAUAUUUUUUCUUUCUUUUUUUUAAUUAAUUCUAAGUUGCCAGUAUAUUAAUCCGAACAACAUUCUUACUCAUUCAGUAUUAAAAAUUUUACGCGUGUUUAGUAUAAGACAUUUUUUUAUUCCGUUCAACAUGGCAAAAAAUCUUAAUUUUAAGUGUAUGUGUGAAAAAUUUUAGCGAUUUUUUUUUUGUUUUUUGUUCAUUUUUUUUCAGUAAAUUUCAACUUAUUAACCAUUUUUGAUUUCCCUCCCUCCCCCCAAGUUAUAAUUAUUUUAAAACAGUAGUAGUGUUAAGAGUUUAAAGGUUAUAUUUAUCGUGCACUUUCUCCUCCCUCCCCCUUUCUGCCAUUCCUUUUCUGUUUGUGUGUAUAUUGUAAUGAAUAAAGUAAUACUUUGAAAAAUCUCGAGAUAAUGUUAAGCUGUUACGAUUUGUAUUGUGCAUUUUUUUUUCUUUCGUUUUUAUGUAAUAUGUUAAAUAAUUCCUGCCCUGUUGAGAGCUCUCGUAUCACGCAGGAUAAUAAUGCUCUAGAUAAAUGCUAUACCGUUAAGUAAUAUGAUGGCUUCAAAUCGAAAUUUAGUGAAGUACCAAAAGAUCGUGAUAAGUGGGACUAUUAUCAUACAAUUCAAAAGAUUUUCUUCCUAAUUGUAAGUUUUCAUAUUGAAAUAAAUAAUACGAAUUUGAA